UGGCCCAGCGUCUAUCGAUAUCGAGGGCUUGCUGAUAGGCCAACCGUUUAGCCAUGUCCACCGAUCCCGACCCGAUGGACAGCGAGGACGGCAAGGGCACUCAGCCCGACGCCCAGAGUCCCGGCGACAAGGAAUCCCCCGCCGAGGAUGCCCUCCAAGUGGACGCAACUGGGGAUUCUGAUCCUACGGCUUCCAAUCCGCCCGCUUCCGCUACAGCCCCCACCUGCCCGUGCCCAGACACGCAGAAGGGCGCCACGGACAUGGACAUAGACAACGAUUUGACCACCAACGAGCGCAUGCCCACGGUGCUCGAGCUGGAGCAGCCGAAAGAGGACAACGCACAGCCGCCAGAGGUGAAGGAGGAGGACCAGGAGCAGGGGCAGGUCCAGGCCGUGGACGUGGACCAGAAGCCAGCCCUAGAACAGCCAACCGUCCAGCCGCCCAGCUCUCCGCCAGUCAUUAAAAUCGAAGACGAUGACAAGCCAUUGAAGCCAUCGCAACCGCAAGAGGAAAUUCCACCCAGUUCACCGGAGGCACCGCUCAAUCCCAGCCCGCGGCCACCGGGCAAGAUCACCCGCAGCAGUCUGAAUGGCACGGGCCACCAGGUGAACACGCGAACGCCAGCCAUUAUGAAGCGCCUGCGGAAGAGCACGCGUUUUAAGGCCAAGCAAACGGGCAAGGGCACGCAUGGAGGCAGCAGCAGCAAUAGCCAGUCGAAUGGCCACAAUCACGGGCCGAACGGCUCCUCCGGCAGCUCCACACAUCUCGCUGGCGCCGGUGCCCAUCCCAGUAACACCAACAAGCAUGGCAAAUCCGGUCCAGCUGGUGGGCCAGGCGGCGGAGCCCCAGGAUCACGGAGUCGUCGCACGCUGUUCAAGAGACCCGCCCAAAAGACGCCAAAGGUGCAGGCCUGCACCAGAUUUGUGAAGAGCGUUUUCUACAAGGGCAGCUACAUGCAGAUCGGGGAUAUUGUCAGCAUUGUGGAUGGGGAACAGAAUCUAUACUAUGCCCAAAUACGCGGAUUGCUCGUGGAUGCCUAUUGCGAGAAGUCCGCCUUCCUCACCUGGCUGAUACCCACGCAGGAUAGCCCCGAUCCCCAGGAGGGAUUCGAUCCGGCUACCUAUCUAAUUGGACCCGAUGAGGAGCUGUCCCGAAAGCUUUGCUAUCUGGAGUUCGUGAUGCACGCGCCCAGCAAUUACUAUUUCGAUCGGAGCACCCCAUUUCCCCUGCCUGAUGUCGAUGAGUACACCGCCCAGAGAUCGGGCGGAUAUAUCUGGACGCGACUGCCCGUGGUGAAGCGGGAAAAGGGAAGUGGACACAAGACGGGCAACGCCUCCUAGCAGGAGAGGCGGGCCAAGGGCAAGAUGAAGAUGAAGGCCAGAGCCAGAGUCCUGAAUUUGAAUAAUAUAAUUUAUUAAGCGAGAAAUAUAGAAGUGUGUUUG